AUGUCCUCCUACUCACCACUGCACCCGAUUGCGGACGGCAAGCUGACCCCGGAGUCGCUUACGCCGGUCCCUCGAUUCAACUGGGUAUUCCUCAUUGAGCUGAUUGUGAGCGGAGUUCUAACUCUCUUCUUCCUUUUCUAUUUCAACCGGCUGUUUGCGACUCUGGUAUCCUACGCCAUCCGUGCCUAUACCUGGCAUUACUAUCGGGUCUAUAUAGACAUACAUGCGCUCCAAAUAUCGUUACUGGCCGGCCGAAUAUUUUUCAAAGGGAUUCGAUAUCAUGGAGAAAACGAGACCAUUCAUGUCCAAACUGGCUAUCUUACCUGGCGGUUCUGGUCUCGACCAGAGCUGCCAGUAGAUACAUCCCAUGUGAAAUGCAAAUCGAAACCGCCGCGGAGCGAGACCGCGGGCGCAAACGGUCAGGACGAAAACAGGGAUAAUGGCGCAGAGCAUAAAAAAGAAACGCCAGCCCGGAUAGAAGUCACUCUCAAUGGCCUAGAGUGGUUUGUGUAUAACAGGAGUCCUGCCUAUGACUCGAUUCUCGCGGGAUUUGGACUUGUACCGCCUCCUGACGGGGCAAGUGCCUCGUCAGUAGUGGGAGACAGAGAGAAUGCGCAACAAGAGAACCCGGGCCCCAAGAACGAUAAUGUCGAUGAAGUGGCCGCUUCAAGUCCUUCCGACCCUUUAACUCCUUCCUCCAGGAAAGAAACCAAUUCACAAAAACCGAGGACGUCACUAAGCACUAGAAACUCUUCUAUACCCCAGAAUACAGAAGAGUCCGCGGAGCCGCAGAUCUUUUCAUUUUUCCCGAUAUCCAUGGAUUGUCACAAAGGGGCAUUGGCUUUGGGUAACGAGAAUACAAAAACCAUACUCACCUUGACUUUUGACAAGGCUGUCGGAAAAAUCGAUGCCGGGCGCUCUGGCCCUCUUGACGUUUAUAGACAAAUAUUUGAAUAUGACCUCUCCCAUCCUGUCAUACAUAUGAAACCUAAUCCGGACUACAGACAGUCGCAAUUGGCUGCGGUUCAUGAAAUGGAAGCUCCAGACGAAGAGGAAUCUAGAAACCGUGGCUAUAUGCGCAGCUUACAUAGACGGUAUCGCGAUCACAGACACAGAGUAUGGACCAGCAUUCGUGAUUUGGUUCCUUAUUUUCAACGCUCUGUAGAAUCAUUUCACCCCAGACAUGAUGAACGAGACAGACCUGUUUCUAGAGCGGUCCAUCAAGAUGGCUGGCUAGGUUUGACACGCUACCUUGACGAGGAAGAGCAAGACGACUAUGAAGGGUGGAACUCAAUAGAGUAUGGACGUUUCUCAACACUGUUGGACUCCCCCAGUAUACAUUUUCGUUAUUACUGGGACAUUGGGGGCCUUGUUGGAAUAGCGGGUGCCAAACCUGAUCCGUCGGAUAAGUCCACCCCCCAUAAUAUUAAUGGUGCAGAAGCCCCUGAAUGGGGCAUGGACUUAACCAUACGUGGUGGUCUGCUUAACUACGGGCCGUGGGCAGACCGUGAACGGGUCAAUCUCCAAAGCGUCUUCGUGCCAAAUUCGUACCGGGACUCACACGUUACGCCCAUGCUAAAGCCUGGAGAACUAAGGCAGAGCACGACUUUUGUUUUAAAUAUUCUCAUUGAAGAAACUACCAUGCUCCGUAUACCCACAAGGGAAGCGUCAAAAGAUUGGCAAUGGAGAGGCCGGGCAGAUCGUUCACGAGGAGCGUCUCGAUUGAAGAAAAAAGAGAAAGACCGCUCUCGAGGUAAUGAAGCUGACAAUACAGGGACCCAAGGGCCGGAUAUUAGACCUUUCGGUUGGCUAUCUCUCCGGGCAGGCCCCGGCUCCACCAUCGUUUAUUCAAUGGCAAUGUUUGCCAGUAGACAUGGAUAUUGCAACAAAGUUGAUAUUGAUUUGCGCCAAACCAAAAUGACCACAAGCGUGAAUCAUGGAGUGUUGUGGCAAAGUGAACGUCAGAUCAUCUCCUGUGAUCUCUCAAAUCCUCUCCGAUGGAAUAGCCUGCACAACUGGUCUGUCGACGUAGAAAGUACCAAUAUGGAACUUUUCUUACUAUGGGAUCACCUUAUUCUACUUACCGACCUCAUCUCAGAUUGGACGUCGGGGCCUUUACAGGAAUAUUAUACUUUCGUCCCGAUUAAAUACCAACUUUCCUUCGCUUUUCUUGAUUUCAAGCUCAUGGUAAACGUGAAUGAUUUGAACAUUAUAAAUAACCCUUCCGACUUUGACGAUAAUUCGUUCCUGAUUAUCGAAGGAGAAAUAUUAACUGCCCGUGUGGGAGUCCCAGUUAUUCAUCAUAGGGCUAGCCGUAACGUUGCUACAUUCGAUAUCCAAGCCUCAAAUGGUGACUUGAAACUCUCUACGCCCCUAUGGAAUACCCAACGUACGUUUUUGGAUAAUCGACCUAUUGGUGGAUUGGACACCCUCAAAAUCGACGGAAGCUAUUCCUGGCAUAGUAUAACAUCACCAAAAUUGACGGAUGUUGCAAUUGUCAACCUAUCUGGCACUGCACCGUACCUUUACCUCUAUGGGUUUGUCCUGAAGAACUUCCUCGAUGUCAAUGAAAAUUACUUUGGUAGGACUAUUCAUUUUAAGACAUUCGAGGAACAUAGGGCAGCAGUCGAUUCGACGACGCAGGGCAAUUACGGGUCCAACCCUGCACCUCAUACCAAUGGUCUUGAUGUUGUUCUUCACAUUGCAGCUGAGGAUAUCAAAGUUCUCCUUCCCACCGGAUUAUACGACAGACACGAGAGCCUUGCAUUAAAAGCAACAAAUCUGGAUUUGGAUGUGAGAUUCACCAACUACUACAUGGAUUUCCAUUGCUCAUUAUCUCCCCUGGAAGUUUCUGUAUUGUCGGAAAAGCCAGGCACCGCCCCCGUCCGGUCUAGGCCUCAACUUUAUAUCAAUGGGCUUGCCAUUUUUGGCCACCGACUCUUUGGGCUACCACCCACAGAGCCCACAUACGCCUGCAACUGGGAUUUUCAAGUAGGAUCUAUCGCUGGGGAAUGUUCUCCCUCGUUCAUAAAAUCUGCCAAAUCGGCGUUUGAGUCUCUAGCUUUCUCAUUCGAUGACGAUGAGAAUGCCUUGCCUCCCAUACAGACCGGUGUGUAUGAUGUUACUUUCCUGCGCGCAAAUGUGAAAUCUAUCAAAGUGUGGAUUGUGGCAGAAAAGUCCGCAUUUUUAUUCAGCACGGGGACCGUCGAUGUGGAAUUCAAUGAUCGAUGUGGCUUGAAAAUGUCAUUAUUCGUCAAUGCCACCGUUCCCGACAUAGUCUUCGCAGUCGUGGAUCGGACAUCAGUAUCCACAGACAAUAUACCUCAAAACCCAGUCAAAACCUAUGCCUACUUCCGCACAGCAAUUAGGGUUAGCACAAUGGGAAAAAGAGAAGAUUUUGAACAUUUUCGUUCUCUACAGCAGAAUCAUAUUAGGAAGCAUGACUCGCGGACCCACCGUACUCCAUGGCUUGUUUUUAAUGAGCUUGAAGUCGCUGCUAGGGACAAUACGUAUCCCUCUUUUAUCCCUCCCACAAUGCCUGUUCCUUCAAUGCCCGAACCUCUUCAAUCUCUAGCAGGCUCUGAACCUAACCAAACACCACAUAAAUCUCUGCUGGAAGAAUUUCCUGUCGCGGCUACCAUACCCCUAACUUCUAGUUUAAAUCCUACCCCUGACCAAUAUGUUACCCAGGGCUGUCGUGCCGGACACUUCUCUACAACAUGGGCAAUGCCAAACUUCUCUUUCUAUAAUGUUCAGCUUGACGAGACGAACGUUCCAUCCAUGCCAUCGAGAUCUGAGGUUUUUAUUAGCAAAAAUCAAGCUCUGAAAGCUGGCUUUGGACGUUCUUACGCUGACGAGUUUCUUGGGGGAGCUCAGACAAAUAUUAAUUGCACCAUGGCACCUGGCUUGUCUGGAUUCGUCUCAGUAGAAGCAGUGCGCGCCGUGGCCUCACUUAUAGACUCAAUUCAGCCACGUAACCCUCUUGAGAUUCUCGAUGCAUUUCAAGCAAAGGUGACUAGCGCUGCGCUUGCAGCGCAAAAGUCUGCCAGCAAGAAAAUAAAAAAAGUAUCGACUUUUUCAAUUGAACUUCCUUCGUGCCGUAUACGAUUUUUCAAUUCCCUUUUAAAGUCUGGCCGGCCGACUGGCCCUUUCAGAGACCAAUUCCACAUCGAUCUCUCCAAUAUUAGGGCUUUAAUCCGCGAAAAGGCCUCCUCUCUGGAUACCGCAGACUCUAUGAACCCCAAAAAAUCAUUCACAGCCCACGUGGCAAUACGCUCCUUGAUGGUCACUGUUAGAGAAGAAAACGUGGAAGCGCAUUCGGACCUCAGGUUAUGCGUGUGCAAAAUAUCUGAUGUAGACUUCUGGUUUUUUGGGAAUACAAACAUAAAGUCCCGUCUCCAGGUUCAAAAUAUUGAUCUGGUGUUAUCAAAUGAAACAGUUGGGAGAGUUGAGCCUGUGUUAAAUCGAACGGUGAAGAUGGCCGAGUCUCUGUCAGCUACCUUCCAACGAAUUUACGAAGCCCAUGAAGACCGUCUUCUUUAUCUUGUCCAUUAUCUCACAAAGAUUGGCGUGGCCAUGCCAGAGCCGCAUUUCAUGACACUUCUAUCGGAUGCUUUGAGGGCCACAAAGCCACACCUAAGGCUCGAAGAUGCUUGGAAGAUCAUAUCGAGGAUUCGGAAUAUAUACAAAUCAAUUACUCCCGAGCAACGGGGAAACCUUCGAAGGGAAUGCCAAAAAUCCGAGGUUUCCUAUCCUGAAGAUGCUAAAGACGCCAUCCUAUCAGUCUUUGAAACUUGGCGUGCGUGGGAAUUAGCCCCUGUCGAAAAGAAUCUCAUUAUUAAGGCCCUUUGGGGUGAAGAUGCCACGACUGACGGGGCAGUCGACCAACUGAAAGCGAUUGAUGCAGCUAUAUAUCUUGGAUCAGUUCAUCUUUCAAUGGGUCGGGGCCCGCGACAUAACGGCUUCCGAGUGGAGAAUAUGUCAACUACAAUACGUUUUGGAGCUAAAAGUCAAGAUCCAUCAUCUACUGGAAAGGAUGGGCUACUGAUAAUACAAAAUCAUUGUUCUAAUGCAUAUUUACAAUUGAACUGGGAAUUAUGCCAGGUCAUUGAAAAAAUUCUGGAGAGCAAUGAUAAUCUCGGGCCCAAGGCAACUACCCUCCAGAGGGAGGAAACGAGCAAAUCAAGGCACGGUGUUAAAGCUGAACAUGAAAUCCAAUUUGAAACUCAUGUCCUACUUAUUGCGGAUAAAGGAUCUGUCUGGGUAGAUGGAAUCAACCUGGAGAUUGAACUGAUAGGACAGGGGAUGAAAGGAUCUAUCAUUCACGUACCAAAUUCAAAGCUGGCUGGAGAAACGAUAAGCGCCAUGCUAGCUUCCAAGCUGUCCUCUGCUCGGCUUAUCAGCCACUCAAGCCCUCUCAUGGAAUGGGAAUUUCAUAGCCCAAAUAUAUUUGUGUCACGCCAGUCACAAAAGCGCAACGCGAUUCUAGAGCAUGACUGGAAAUGCGCCGCAACCUGUCGCCAGCUAAGAUACCAACUGACUGAGAACCCCCUUGAGCUAAUCCAUGUGGCAGACCGUGUGGUUGAAGACGAAGUCAAGCAGACUUUGAAAAUGAUUUCCUUUUUAGACACGAGGUUGGAAGGACGAACUACACCGACAUCUUCUAGGGAAGAAAUCCACUACUUUCACGUUGCAACUUUCCUUGAUGAAUACCAAAUCCGCCUUUCUCUCCUUCCAUCAGUUGCUUACACGAUUGAAGGAAACGUGGCAAGGCUAUCUGUCACGCCUCUUGGCCAUAUGAAAUUUGAGGUGGAUUAUGAUAUCAAGAAUAACAUUCACAAAAUCCAUUCGAACAAGGAUGGAGACCUACGAGUUUUAUGUUCGACGGCAAUUCCACCCAUUAAUGGGAGAGUACGAUUGGAUAUGACAACCAACCCGAUAAUCAUAGAUGCAGAUACCACCGUUGAAAUUCUACAUUUGGAUGUGAGCGCCGUGCAAAACCUGCUCGGUGCCCUUAAUGGUCCCGAAUUAUCCCACUUCAUUGGCGAUUUAAGCCAUGACGGAAAAGCCUUGCAAUCACAUCUCGAGCAGGUUUUGGCGAACGGUAAAUCUGCGCAGCCAACGAAAAAGAAGACCGAAAAGAAAGGACCCGUGUAUCAAGUACGGCUCACGCUAGCUGGAAUUAAUACUCAUGCGUCUUCCCCUGGUUUACGAACCAAAGAUCACACCGCAGAUAUGAACAUUGAAUUUAAAUCUGUUCAGGUGCAUGUCGAAAAUUCUCCGAUUCAAGGGAUUCGCAAUUCCCGGCCAGAAUUCAAUAUUAUCGUGGCCCAAAUUAGCGUCAAUGUUCAGAGGACAAACAUGUAUGAUAGCUUUACAUACGGAAAAGUUGCCUUUGGUGCUCAGUUUUCCGGAUCUUUCAAAGAUUUGCCAGACGGGAAAACCAUGCGAUUAUUUCAUCUGAGGAGCUCAGGGCUUGAGAUUGGUAUGUCCGCCGAGACAGCGUCUCUUGUACUUGAUAUUAUCGCUCAUUUACAAGAAGGCAUAAAGACAAUAGACUUAUCUCAGGAUAUCGCACGCCUGAGAAAAAGUCGCAGGCUCUCAUUCCUACGACGGAAACAUAAAAGGAUAACCCAUACCGCCGCCCCUCCCACCGAACCUAUCGCUCUUGAUGAUGACAGUCAAGAAUCGUCCGAUUUUUUGAAUGCCACGUACUCUGUUGAGCUCUCCAACAUUCAAAUUAGCUGGCUGGUUUUAGAAAACACCUCCUCUCGCAAAAUUGACAAUCCCGCCCCUCGCCAUGAAGCUGAUGCAGAAGAUCUCGUUUUUUCCAUCCGUAAAGUCGAGCUUACGACGAAGGAAAUCAACGCCGCAAGGUUGCGUAUUCAACAGAUGCAGCUACAGAUGGUACCGGUCGCUCACGACAAAAAGAGAAGAUCCCAAAACUCUGCCUUACUUCCAGAGGCGGUGUUCAACGUUUCAUUUGUGUCUGUCAAGUCUAAAUGGAAAGUGACAUUGAAUGCUGCUGGGAAAGCCCUUGAUUUACGGACUACGUCGGACUUUAUUAUUCCAGCUAGUCACCUUCAAAAGUCAAUGGCAUCUGCCGUUGAAAGAGUCCGUGAGGCUAAGUCAUUAUGGACCACUGAAUUCCGUGAGAACCCUAAAGUGGGAAAGGAAUCUCUCGGGUUUAAGCAAUUGGAUUCCGUUUUCAUUGAUACUAAUUUUGAUGGAGCUAUUGUCACACUGCAAGAAAGGCAUGGUGCUGGUGAUACUACCCCACGCCCCCCAAGCAAUAGGAGCAGCAUUGGCUCGACAGAUUUCAGAUACGGACAAGCCUGGACCGGCGACUCUGUGUCCACAGCAACCCUUCGGGCCCCAGGCGUGGCUUUAAAAAUUCGGUUCGAGGGUUCAGAAGCAGAUACCCCAAUUCUUGAAGCAGAAAUAAAGGUCGAAGCUUCUUCCAACGUACUUCAUCCAAGCGUGAUGCCUCUCCUUACACGGAUCUCAUCAAGUAUCCGGGAUGUAGUGGGCAGAGAAGAAAAGAGGGAUGAAGGAACCGAAAAGCCAUCUGCUGUGAAGGAAGAAGCCGAUACCUCGUCUAUUACAACCGAAGAAACCGAAAAGCCUCCGAAGGAUAUGUCCAUGGACCCAACGACAAUCCUUGGUAGCUGCAAGCUGAGCAUUGGACUCUGGAUCCGCAAACAGGAAUUCACGUUGAGUUGCCAACCUAUUGCACGGGUGGAAGCUUCGGCUGGCUUUGAAGAUGUCAAUAUCACGGUCAACACAGUGCAAUCUGAGGAGCAACGAAGAUUUUUUGCCGUGUUGAUAGCAUUCAACAAGUUGCGGGCAUCGGUGAAACAUGUCUAUUCCAAUGACUCUACUGCGAGUUUUAAUGUGGAUUCUAUUGUGGUAUCAAUGAUGAACAGCAAACACGUCAGUUCUAGCAGCGGUAUUUCAGCUAUUCUGAAAAUCAGCCCAACAAAACUAUAUAUGAAUGCAAAGCAGGCCCAGGACGUCCUUCUCUUCCGGGAAAUCUGGAAACCACCUAGCGACCAUUUCAAACGACCAGUGCAAACACAAGAACCAUCCCCGGAAGUCCAGGCGUAUAUGGUUCAGAGAUACCAGCAAAUGGCAGCUGCCGGGGCGUUCCCAUGGAACUCAACGUUGGCAAUAGACUCAUUGGACAUACAACUCGAUCUGGGCCAAACGAUAGGCAAAGCUGAAUUUUCCAUACAGAACCUUUGGUUGUCGUCAAAGAAGACGUCUGAUUGGGAGCAAAACUUGUGUAUUGGCUUUGAGACCGUUUCAAUUAUAAAUGAAGGGCGGUUGACCGGCUUUGUAGAGCUCUCGAAGUUCAGGGUACGCACGUCGAUCGAAUGGCCUGGCGGAGUGAUCUCAGCUGGCCACACUCCUCUCAUCCAGGCAGCAGUUGGGAUUGGCAAGCUGCAGGCAGAUGUAUCGUUUGAAUACCUACCAGUUAUCGCAGCCGACGUGACCUCGUUCGACUUUUUCAUGUAUAAUGUCCGGGAAGAUGAGGGAAAGAGUAACGACCGCCUUGUUAGCGUGCUUGAGGGCGACAAACUACAUGUUUUCUGCACUACUAUUACUGCUGCUCAGGGGCUAGGGCUGUAUCAGACAUUGCAACGCUUGAUACGGGAAAAGAGCAAAGCAUUCCAUGAAUCUCUAAGAGAGGUUGAAGAUGCCUUACACCGAACAAAGCUUUCGCUCGGCGUAGCUCCACAGAAACCAGUGACGAGGCCGACAGUCAAGAAUGAUAAGGAUGAUAUGAGCCUGCCAAUUUCCCUCCAAACGACUGUCGUGGUCAAACUACAUACCGUCACAGUUGGGGCGUUCCCAAAUACCUUCCGUGACGCGCAGAUCUUCAAAGUGGAGGCACUGGGCUCUGAGGCACGCUUUUCUGUUGGGAUCCAGGAUGGCAAGAUACAUACUGGCCUUGGGCUGACGCUGGGAGAGCUCCGCGUUGCACUCUCUAGCGUGGGUGGCGGCUCAGUGCCAGCAGACGCAGAUGACUUGACUGUAGACCAGAUCGUGAGCCGUGCAACCAGUGCUCGAGGAGGAAUCAUCUUGAAGGUUCCCCGAGUGCUCUCUUUAAUGGAAACGUGGCAACUAGCUACAUCCAACAAUAUCGAAUACCUUUUCAGGAGCUCCUUUGAGGGCAAAGUUGACGUUGGCUGGAAUUACUCUCGCAUCGCCUUCAUCAGAGGCAUGUGGAGUACCCAUUCUCGCGCCCUAGCAACCAGACUCGGCAAGCCACUCCCCCAGGCGGCCGUCCAGAUCACAGGUGGACCGAAGGGAGAAGGCGAAGCGGGCGAGUACAACGGACAAGAGAAGAUUACAGCUGUGGUGAAUGUCCCUCAGUCUCGGUAUACAUAUACCGCGAUAGCACCACCGAUCAUCGAGACCCCCCAGCUUCGAGAUAUGGGAGAGGCCACGCCACCAUUGGAAUGGAUUGGGCUGCAGCGUGAUCGACUACCCAAUCUUAUGCAUCAGAUAAUCAUCGUCACGCUGAUGGAGGUUGCAAAGGAUGUGGAGGAUGCAUAUUCAAAUAUUCUCGGCUCGUCAUGA